UCUCUUUUUAAGGAAUGUUUACUGGAGAGAAAAUACUAUAGUUUAUUUGAUAGACAAAAGACUCUUGAAGCCGAAUGUAAAUUGUUAAGAGGUCUCCUUCCGGCCUACGUUGUUUCCUGUGUUGAAUCAUAUGGUUGAAUUUGGUUGGUUUGUUGGUGUCAAAAAAACAAAAAAAAAAAAAAAAAAAGAUAAAACAGAUAAAUAGAUUUAAAAAAAUAAGUCUCAUGUCUACCAUGUUCAGUGGACGUGAUCGCUUCCAAUCACUACCCAUCUAAAAUGCGCUCCUCAUCCUGAGCCUUUUACGCGGCAUCGAAAUUUUAAAACUUUUCACUUGGACGAAAUUACCCCUAUUAUAGUGCGAAGGAAUCAGUGACACGAAACUAGGAAGUGAAAGAAGAGGGGCCUGGCUUUUCUCCCUUUGCCCCUUUGUCUCUCACUUUCUCUCUCUUACUUUCUCUGAAUCUCAAAAUUCUUCUGCCAAUUAGCUACCUCAAAUCAGGAUUUUGACUUUUCUGAUCGCCGCCGGCUUCUAACACCGUCAGUUCUCCAAUUCAGCUUAAACAGUUGUUUUCCCAGGUUCUCUUCAGCUUUUCACUCGGUUUUGUUUCAAUAACUUACUGUGGAAAAACAGAAGCAAUCAAUUUCAGUCGAAGACAAACAGAUGAAGAAGCUCUUCUCUUUCAGAUCGUCCGGGUCUGGUUGUGGAAACAAUAAUAUAGUUCCACCUCCAUCAACAGAGGAGCAAAUUUAUGAGGACAACUCAUCAGGCAAUGGUACCAGUCCAUGUCUUAGAAGGAGCCUUUCAUUCUCAUCGGCAGACUUUAGUGAGGGUGCAUUAGGACAAAGGAACUUGUCUCGCUUCAGCGGUCAUCCUUGCAGUAGCAGUAAUGUCUCACUGAAGCAAUCCGAUUGCCAUUCGUCUCGGCAAUCCAAGGCUAAAUGCUUGAAAACAGUUUCUGUUCAGAACAAACAUGGAGUAAAGAAGCCUGGUUCUUCUUCUUCUGCUGGGAGACACCGUGAUCUGUCAGAGAGCUCUUCAUAUUGCUCCAGUGAUGUCUCAAGUCAAGUCUUGGACAGGUACAUUGAUGGGGAACAACACCAGGAAAUACCCAAGAGCAACCAUUCUCAAAGAAAUCACACCGGGCAUGAGAACAAUGGUGGAAAGCGUCGUCCUCCACGAGUUCAAUAUACAGCACCUGCUUCACCAACGGAAAGUGCAAAAGAGAAACCAAGGUCUCAUUCAUUUAAAGAAGCUAAAGGAACUCAACUAUAUUUUUCAUCUAGAGAUUGGGCAGAGAAUGGAUUUGGGCAUGAAUCUCCUCGGAGCCUUGCAAAGCAUGUGAUAGAGAGACUUUCCCGCUCUCGUGUUUUACCCACAACAAGUUCAAAAGAAUUCGACCUUGAUGGUCCAAUUGCAGUUGAAGAUAUCUAUGGUGGAUCUUUGAAAAAAUGCCCUAGUUUAAAUUCAGAAGGGGUUUGCAAAAAGAGUUGGCCGCCGGAUAGACUUGAUGAAACCACCUAUGGAUAUAACCACAAUAAAAUAUUGGGCUUCCAAAAACGAACCAGCUUCCUUGAUGAUAAUUUUGGAGUUCUGAACACUGGUGAGGUGGGAGAGGACUUGGAUGUGGAACUACUUAAAAAGUCCAAGGAAGCUGAUGAACGGUUCAUGGUUCUUUCGGAACAGCUUGAACAGGAGAACUUUCUGCAGGACGGUGAGUUCAGUGUGUCAGCAUUGAUUCAGACAAUUAGGAACCUAACAAAGGAGAGGGUAAGUAUGGCACUUGAGGUUUCAUCUGCCUUACAGGGUCGUAUUGCUGAUAGAGCAUCUGCCAGAGAAGAACCUGAACUGGUGAGAACAGAAAUGGACUCGCGGAUCCAAAGACUGGAGAAGGAGAAGAAUGAAUUGCAGUCAGCCCUAGAAAAGGAGUUAGACAGAAGAUCAAGUGACUGGUCCUUCAAGCUUGAGAAAUACCAGGCAGAAGAGCAUAGGCUUCGUGAGCGGGUAAGGGAGCUUGCAGAGCAGAAUGUUUCACUCCAAAGGGAAGUCUCUUCCUUCAGUGAGAGGGAACAGGCGACCAGAAGCAGGAUUGCAAAUUCAGAGCUACAACUCAAGGACCUGACUACAAUAGUGGGAGAAGCAAGAAAGGAGAACCAAAAUCUGCAGCAGAAUCUUUCUGAAUUGGGCGAAAAGUUUAGAGCAGCCGAAGGAGAUCGAGGCUGCAUCCGGAAUAACUACAAAGGGAAAGAGAGAGAAUGCAAGGAGUUGCACAAAUCAAUUGCUAGAAUACUAAGAACCUGUAGUGAACAAGAGAAGACAAUUGACGGGUUGCGAGUAGGACUCAGCAAUGAAGUUAGGCAAAAGAGUUAUUCGGAAAACUUUGAUAAGGUAGGGAAGUUGCAAAUGGAGCAAAUGAGGUUGACAGGAGUAGAGCAGGCUCUGAGGAAGGAGGUUGAAUCUUGUAAGCUUGAAGUUGAUUCUCUUCGACAUGAGAAUAUAAACCUGUUACACCGUUUACAAGGCAGCAGAAAGGAUGGUGGACUUUCAACUUUUAAGCUAGAUCAGGAACUACAAAAUCAUGUUUGCUGCUUGCAGAAUCAAGGGCUAUCAUUGCUUAACGAGAACACCCAGCUUUGUUCAAAGUUACUAGAUUACAUCAAAGAGAAAGCAGGCCAAACUCCAGAAACUAAGCAGGGUACUGAAGUUGUAAAUACUGGUUUAGAUGGUCACUUUGUAGUAGAAGCUGAUAUGAAAAUCCAGGGUUUCAAGAGGGGAAUGGCAAGCCUAAGGAGGAGUUUACAGACAGUGUCUGCUGUGCUGCACGAGAAGUCCAAUAUGGUCAUUUUGGAAUCUCAUUCAAAUUGCUCGGAGGAUGAAUUGGACCAAAUAAACAAUCAGAGCUUGGAGGACACCAUAAGAUCGGAGCUUAAAGCAGAAACUUUACUAACGAGUUUAUUGCGAGAAAAGCUGUAUUCAAAGGAAUUGGAUGUGGAACAAUUGCAAGCAGAGCUGGCAUCAGCUGUUAGAGGUAAUGACGUUCUCAAAUGUGAAGUUCAGAAUGCACUUGAUACCGUUUCCUGUGUAACCCACGAGUUGAAAGAUCUUGAACUUCAGAUGAUCAAGAAGGAUGAGAACAUAAAGCAGCUUGAAAAUGAGCUUGAAGAGUGCACGAAAGAAUUAAGUAUAAUAAGGGGAAUACUACCAAAAGUUUCGGGGGAGAGAGACUUGAUGUGGGAGGAGGUGAAGCAGUACAGUGAAAAUAACAUGCUGUUAAAUUCUGAGGUGAAUUUAUUGAAGAAGAAGAUGGAGGCACUUGAUGAAGACAUACUUCUUAAGGAAGGUCAGAUCACAAUCCUCAAAGACACUCUAGUUAAACCUUUCGACCUCCUCGCCAGUCCAGAUUCCGGACGAGAAUACUGAGUUUGGAGUGAUUGAUAGAGAGGCUGCCAUUUAGACUGGAUAAUAAAUACUGUUCAUACUUUUUUUAAUUACUGUGUUUCUGAGUUUGUUUUCUUUUACUUUUUAUUUUAUUAUUUUUUCUUUUUUCAAAGUUUGAAUAUUUUACGAGUAAGAAGUGAAAUGUACAGACAUACCAGGUUUCAUUACUGUUUGGUUUGCCCUAUCUGGUAGAAGAUGAAAAAUAUUUUUGGAUUUUAUUUUUAAUGGAGCAACAAACGCCCUAUACCGUUA